GCUUUCAGGAGAGCCCCGCCCAGGUUGGCCGGCCGUGUUCCCGCCCUCUGAAUAGGAAUGACCAACGGGGGCGUUGCUGGGGGGCGGGGCCCGGCUCCAGCUCGACCCAGUUUGAAAGUGAACCAACGUCUCAGUGAGUCGCUGCUUCAGCCACAACAACAAGAACCCGAACCCGAAAAACCCGAAACACCCGAACCCGACCCACAGUACGCUUCAGCCCGCAGCCGGCCCUCUGACCAGCCGCCAGUAUGAUGCGUAAAGACGUGAACAAGCCGAAGGGGAAGACCUCAGCGUAUGCCUUCUUCGUCCAGACGUGUCGAGAGGAACACCGGAAGAAGAACCCCGAGCAGUCGGUUAACUUCGCCGAGUUCUCCAAGAAGUGCUCCGAGAGAUGGAAGGCUCUGACUGCCAGUGAUAAGAAGUGUUUCGAGGACAUGGCGAAGGCCGACAAGGUGCGUUACAACAGGGAGAUGAGAGACUACAUCCCACCCAAGGGCUUCGGAAAGAGAGGCCGCAAGAGGAAAGACCCCAACGCACCCAAAAGACCCCCGUCUGCGUUCUUUGUGUUCUGCAGCGAGUACCGUCCCAGUGUGAAGCAGCAGUAUCCUGGUCUGUCUAUAGGAGACUGUGCCAAGAAGCUGGGAGAGAUGUGGAGCAAACUGUCCCAGUCUGAGAAGCUGCCCUACGAGGAGAAGGCCCAGAAACUACGGGAGAAAUACGACCGGGACAUGGUGGCAUACCGCGGCGGCGGCACGUACGCCAGGAACCCCGGCUCUUCAGCUCAGGGAGGAGAGGAGGAGGAGGACGACGAGGGGGAGGACGAAGACGACGACGAGGAGGACGACGAGUAGACCAGUGUGUGAGACAGAGAGAGAGAGACAGGUAGGUGUGUGUGUUUCAGAGGACAGACAGGUGAGCUGGCAGCCAAUCAGGAGCUGCUGCUCUCAGCAGAGGUCAGAAAAUGUUUUUUUAAUGUUUUAAUGACGGUCAGAGUAAGCAGUUUAUCAGACAACAUCAUCACAACAUCAUUCAAUAAUCCUUCAAGACACAAUAGAAAAAUAGCAGCAGAGACACGUCUCACUGCCACUCUGAAAACGACAACAAACACCAGCUGAUGUAAACAAUAACAAACACCAGCAGAUGUUUAUUUACAUUCGCUGAUGUUUGUUAUGGUUUACACCAGUUGAUGUAAAUAAUAAACAUCAGCUGAUGGUUAUUGUUUACAUCAGCUGGUGUUUGUUAUUGUUUACAUCAGCUGAUGUUUGUUAUUAUUUACACCGGCUGAUGUUUGUUACUGUUUACAUCGGCUGGCGCAGCUCGACAACGUUCUGAUCAGCUUUUUUAUUUUGUUUUUUUAAAUAUGUUAAUAUAAAUUUAAAAUAAUCUGAACGUGACAGACAAACAGGCAGAGAGACAGACAGGUCGCUCUGAAACACACACACAGGACCAGGAGAGUGGGUGUGUGUGUGUGUGAUGGUGUGUAUGUGU